AGCCGCUGUCCGACUCUCUCCUCAUCCGUCUUUCCUUGUCUCUCUCUCUCUCUCCCUCUUCACCAAAGACAAAGGAGGCCCUCCAUCAGCACUCCAUCAGUCUUUCCAACGAAAUCAACUCAAGAAGAUUCCAAGAUGCCGGACACAAUUAUGUCCAAGGAACCCUCUUCCAACCUGGAGAAUGCCAUGCAGAUGCUGAUCAAAACCUUCCACAAGUACUCAGGGAAGGAGGGUGACAAGUAUACUCUGAGCCGGGGAGAGCUGAGAGAGCUGUUAACAGAGGAGCUGGGAAGUUACCUAGGGAACGCCCGGGAUGGAGAAGGGGUUGAGAAGGUGAUGAACGACCUGGACGCCAACAGCGACGGUGAGGUGGACUUCACAGAGUUCAUCAUCCUGAUGGGAGCCCUGACAGUGGCUUGCAACGACUUCUUCAUGGAAUACAAGCCCGAGAAACUUGUCCACACACCCUUUGAGAAAAAGGAGGCAACAUCGGAGAAGAAAGAGUGAAGGAAAAAAGGGAGGAGUGGGGAGGGACUGGGAGGAGGGAAGGGGGAGAUGGAUGGAAAGGGGAAAUGAACUGUGGAGCAACAGUAAAAGGGUACAAUUGAUGGUUGUAUGGUCAUGUUAUGCAAAUUUCUUAACCGUGCAAAUGAAAUGUGUGAAAAGAGGCUGAGGGAACUUCACUUCACUAAGUAAGGUUUCGCUGAUGGAAGAACAGUGUGUUCCAUCUGCAACUAUCCAAAUACUUUUCAUACCAUAGUUAAGGCACAGAUCCGGAGUCAGUUACUCUGUGUCCUCAAAUGCAUGAGUGGCACUGUAUACAGUAGGGGUCAGCAACAGGCGUCCUGUGGCAUGCGAGUGAUUUUCUUUGCCACCCCUUUUUGGUGAAAAAUAUUUUCUGGUGAUUUUACCUUUUUACUGUAAAAUCACCAGGAAUUAAGCAAAAAUGUGUUUCAUUUAGGAAAUCUGUUCAAGUAUUCACACAAAGUUAUUUUUUUUAAAUAUGUGAUCGUGUCUCAAUGUAAUCAAUGUAUGAAAUGAUUAAAAUACAAUCUCUUUUUGGGCUUAGUUGUGGUACAUUUGCAGUGUACAGAUUAUUUGAAUUAUGUUCCAGCCCUCUGACCAUCCUCUCCAACAAAAAUCAACCCCCGGCUGAAUCUAGUUGCCUACCCCUGGUAUACAGGGUAGUAUGUGUGAGAUCAGUUGUGUUCUCUAUUCAGUCUCAAAUUCCAAAUCAACUGUUUAAAUGAUUUGGAUGCAUAUUCAGGAUGGAUUUAAUUGAAAAUAUGAAUUAUUUCAGUGGAUGUUAUUGUAACACACAACCACCAAUGGAGUCAGAUCGGGGCCUAAAGCACAACAGGGUGAUACUGUCAUGAAUAUAAAGAUUAUAUCAUAGAUAAUAAAUAUCUUAAAUAUUUAGAAUAGGUUAUGUACUCAGAGUUGAACAUUUUAAUAUAAUUUACAUUUCUUUGCACAUAUUUUGUAAUCUGUUUUUGGUAAUUACCAAUGUGUUCUUCCAAACAUUAAACAUGACAUUUAAUCA